UCAGCUCACACAGCCGUGAUAGAGCAGGGCGGCUAGCGUUUGCACUCAGAGAGAAGGGGAAAGAGAGGGAGGGAGAGAAAGAGAGAGACGCAGAGGCAGACAGAGCGAGCGUACAAGAUACAAAAGAGAGCACGAGCAUAGAGAACGAGAGAAAGAGAGAUGGAAGACAGGGUGGCUGCAGACAUCUUUGCUAUCAACAAUGGAGCAUGAAGCUCUGCUGGAUAAAAGCGAAGUGACAACGUUGUGCCUGCCCCCCUCAGCCAGCCAUGGCGGCUCUGACAGUAACAUCAGCUUGGAUGGGGCCGGGGUGGGUGCGAGUGCCGGGGCAGUGGCCGGGGUGGUGGCUGAAGGUUCAGGGGUCGUCGAGCCUCAGCGAACGCGGCUCGCUCUGGAGCACCUGCAGCAGAAGAUCCUAAAGAUCACUGAGCAGAUUCGCAUAGAACAGGAGGCGCGAGAUGACAACGUAGCUGAGUACCUGAAGUUGGCCCACAACGCAGACAAGCAGCAGGCCUCGCGCAUCAAACAGGUGUUUGAGAAGAAGAACCAGAAGUCUGCACAAACCAUCGCCCACCUGCACAAGAAGCUAGAGCACUACCACAAGAAGUUGAAGGAGAUAGAGCAGAAUGGUCCUGCCCGUCAGCCUAAGGAUGUGCUGCGGGACAUGCAGCAGGGGCUGAAGGACAUGGGAGCCAAUGUACGAGCAGGGUUCCAUGGCUUUGGCGGGGGUAUGGUGGAUGGGGUCAAAGGAGGGGUGGAAGGGGUCAAAGGAGCUGUGGUGUCUAAGCCACGGGAGUUCGCCAGCUUGAUCCGCAACAAAUUUGGCAGUGCAGACAACAUCUCCCACCUCAUAGAGGACGGGGUGGGAGGGCACUCGGAGGACGCGCCUGCUCAAAGAGCCCUGAGUGGCAGUGCCACCCUGGUCUCCAGCCCCAAGUACGGUAGCGAUGACGAGUGCUCCAGUGCCACCUCUGGCUCAGCCGUGGGCAGUCACUCAGGUUGGGCCGGGGGCGGAGGUAUGAUGUCGGGGCAGGGGCAGGCUGGCCUGGGGAGCCCCAGACUGGAAGGGCACCACCACCAUCACCACCACCACCACAUCCACAGCUCCUGGGAUGCGCUGCUGGAAGGCCUGCAGGAGAUCAAGGCCAGCCAGGCCCACAUGGAGGACGCCAUCGAGGACAUGAAGAGUCAGCUGCAGAGUGACUACUCCUACAUGAACCAGUGCCUACAGGAGGAGAGAUACAGGUAUGAGCGACUGGAAGAGCAGCUGAAUGACUUGACAGAGCUGCACCAGAACGAGAUGACUAAUCUGAAACAGGAGCUUGCCAGCAUGGAGGAGAAAGUGGCCUACCAGUCCUAUGAGAGAGCCAGAGACAUUCAGGAAGCGGUGGAGUCGUGCCUGACCCGCAUCACUAAGUUGGAGCUGCAGCAGCAGCAGCAGCAGGUGGUGCAGUUGGAGGGUGUGGAGAACGCCAACGCCCGCGCCCUAUUGGGCAAACUCAUCAACAUCAUCCUGGCACUCAUGGCCGUAGUUCUGGUCUUUGUCUCCACCCUGGCCAACUUCAUCACCCCACUCAUGAAGACCCGAGCGCGGGUCGCUGCCACUGUCAUGCUGGCCCUUUUCCUGUUCAUCCUCUGGAAGCACUGGGACUUCCUGGAGCUGUGGCUACUGCCCAGCUAAGCUCCCCUCAGCCAAUCACCCACUCCCCUGUGUCUGAGUGACCAGGAUGUGGACAGCGGGACCAGAUUGAUACACUAAGCUGCCCCAGACACACUAAAAGUCUGGAACUUAGUCAUAUUUCUGAAAGGGAACCGUUGCACUUUUUUCAUAGGGUUUAUGCUUGGAGAGUUGUACUUAUGAGUGUUGUAAGGCACAAAACCUUUUCUUUACAAAGCAACUGGAGAAGACUCCCUUUGGAUGGCAGAUGGUGGCCAUUUUCUGUUGAGUGAUGGUUGAGAGAGACUUUUUAGGAGGUGAUUUUAUGGUGAUUACCAUGACAAGGAACCUGAGAAACUAUUUGCCUGGUCGCAACUCAAGCAUUUGCUCUUUCUCAUGACUAAUCUAGUGGCGUCAACUCACCAUCGUACUACUGUAGUCACUACGAUUUAAUUACAAUUUGAAAAUUCAUGUUGAAAUUGACACAUUUCUCAAAAAAAUUUAGUAUAGGCCUACACUUAAAAGUGAUAAUGGAUAGAAUAACAAAUUAUACAAAUUAUGCUUUGCUAAACCAUAUUUGCUGUUACAGUACCUUUGUAUUGAGCCAAUUGUAUAUUUGGAGGACAUGCUGAAUGUUAGGGUAUGUACUACUCAUGCAUGUCCUCACUUGUGCAUUUAUACCUGUGUGAUGCACUUGGCAUCAGUAACAUUCCAACACCAACAGAAAUACUUGUUACUCUUUUCUUACUAUUCUGUUGUCUAUAGACAGUUUGUACCUAAGUGUUCUUCUCCAUAUUAUUUCUAAAACAGUCAACUAAAUCACUUCUGGUGUUUAAACUACACGUUUUGGGUGCAUCAAUCGUUUUCGUCUCUUAUGUGUGAUGCAAAGAAGAACUUUGGAAGGCCAGGAAGUAUUCUGGUGAGAUGGAUCAUCACAACUACUCAAUUAUCUAUUCUGAGCAUCAAUGCCAUUUCAUAACCACUGUGGUAGAGCAGCUAAGAAUCUAUCUAACGUCAGAUCCACAGGCAUGUUUGACCAUUGCUUCCAUAUUUCUAUCCAGUUUGCUAAAUGCAUCACAUCUCUGUUGCAUUCGUAAUAAAUACAUUCUGAAACUAUA